AACAAUGGCUACAUGCUUCCAACCACCACCAUCAGCAACCAUAGAAGAUGACUCUGUGGUGCUCUUCUCGACGUCGGACUCGCAGGAGGAGUCCACCAGCCAAUCCUCCUCCUCCAACCACUCCCCACCCCACCACCACACCCAAACACCUUACAAACUCACAGUCACCAACCUAUCCUACACCAUUCACAAAAACACAUGGUUCUCCGCCCUCGUUUCCGGGGGCGCUAAGUUGCCACCGAUCAACAUUCUGAAAUCCGUCUCCUUCGUCGCGAGAAGCUCCGAGAUCCUCGCGGUCGUGGGCCCAAGCGGAACGGGAAAGUCCACCCUCCUUAGAAUCGUCUCUGGCCGGGUACGCGACCGAGACUUUGAUCCCAAGAGCAUCGUCCUCAACGACAACAUCGUGGCCAGCCAAGAACAUCUUAGAAAGAUAUGUGGCUUCAUUGCUCAAGAAGACACCCUUUUCCCUCUCCUCACGGUUAAAGAAACACUCAUGUUCAGUGCCAAGUUCAGGCUAAAGGAGAUGACUGCUCGCGACAGAGAAGACAGAGUCGACUGCCUGAUGCAAGAGCUCGGACUCGUCCAUGUGGCUGAUACUUUCGUCGGAGACGAAGACAAUCGUGGGAUAUCCGGAGGAGAGAGGAAGAGAGUCUCCAUCGCAGUGGACGUGAUCCACGAUCCUCCCAUUUUGCUUCUCGACGAGCCAACUUCUGGCCUCGACAGCAGCUCGGCUCUCCAUGUAGUCGAGCUGCUUUCGUCCAUGGCUCAAGGCAGGCAGAGGACCAUAAUCCUCUCUAUUCACCAACCAAGUUACCGGAUCCUCCAACGCAUUCCAAACUUCUUGAUCCUCUCCCACGGCUCAGUCGUCCACAACGGCUCGCUCCAGUCUCUAGAGCUAGCCAUCACGAAGCAGGGGUUCAAGAUCCCACCACAGAUAAACCCUCUCGAGUUCUCAAUGGAGAUGGUAUCCAUUCUUGAGGAGUCCUACUCGAAAACGCAGAAUACAAAUACGUAUUCAACGCUGCAGAUUGAAAGAGCCAAGAAGGAAGUAGGCAGUGAUCCAUUUGUUUGGCGAUUAUAUGAGAUAAUGGUGUUGUGUGUUAGGUUAUGGAAGAUCAUUUACAGAACUAAGCAGCUUUUAUUGGCUCGAACGAUGCAAGCUCUUGUUGGAGGGUUGGGUUUGGGGAGCGUUUAUGUUGGAGUAAGGAAAGACGAAGGCGGAGUUGCAGAGAGAUUAGGCCUAUUCGCGUUUAGUCUGAGCUUUCUGCUGUCCUCAACUGUGGAAGCUUUGCCUAUUUAUCUUCAAGAGAGGCAUGUGUUGAUGAAGGAGGCAUCGAGGGGAUCGUAUAGAGUGUCCUCCUACUUGAUCGCAAAUACCAUCAUCUUCUUUCCGUUGUUGUUUGUGGUGGCGAUUCUGUUUUCCGUGCCAUUGUAUUGGAUUGUUGGGCUCAACCCUUCGUAUUCUGCAUUCUUGUUUUUCACGUUGGUUGUGUGGCUGAUCGUGCUGAUGGCGAGCUCUCUGGUGCUGUUUCUGAGUGUUAUAUCCCCGGAUUUCAUAUCCGGGAAUUCGCUCAUCUGCACUGCUUUGGGAGCAUUCUUCCUGUUUUCCGGCUACUUCAUCCCGAGAGAGUUCAUUCCCAAAUACUGGCUUUUCAUGUAUUAUGUGUCACUUUAUAGGUACCCUCUUGAUUCUCUGCUUCUCAACGAGUAUUGGAGUGAGAGAGACGAGUGUUUCUCGACAAGGUCUGGCGUGUGUGCGCUCACCGGGAGAGAUGUGUUGAAGAGCAGGGGACUGGAGGAGGACACCAGAUGGAUCAACGUUGCCAUCAUGCUCGCCUUCUUCGUUUUGUAUCGGAUACUUUCUUGGGUUCUUCUUACCCGGAAGGUUUCCAAGACAGAUCUGUAAUGCAAUAAAACCAAAUCAAUUUUUUUUCUCCUGCUUCUAUAUGUAACAAAGUUGAUGAGAGGGGCACUUCUUGUUUCUAUAA